CAGUGAUUCACUUAAUAACUGUGGCAAGAAAGUUUUUAAAAUUGGGCAAAACUCACUUAACUGUCUUGCUUAGCGACAGAUGUUUGGGGCUCAAUUGUGGUUGUAAGCCGAGAACUAUCUGUACUAUAAUACAUCUAUAUCUGACUACCUCUUAAAAGUAUUAAUUACCAAUUAGACCUACAGGAAGCUGCACUGAACACAGUCUUAACAAAUUUAAUGAAGAAUGGAACAGAUCAAACAAUAUAUUUCAAGCAAAUGUCUGAGUUCCAUUGUUGUGAUUCAGGGAACCAAUGAAGCAGUUUGUAUUUGCAUGAUUGGGCCUGGAUAAGGUGUGUUGUGGCAACCUCUCUGUCUCUUCAUUGUUUCCCAAAGGAUUCCAUUUCCUUUAAAAUUGUAUAAAUAAAAAUCCUAGGUAUCUCUGGAAAAGCCCCUACUCAGAAAAUUUUGCUAUAUGUAACAUCCAAGCAUACAAACAUAUUUUAUGUUCAAACAAUGAUUCUGGUACUUUGAAAUCGAUGUAUUGUCUAAAAUCAAUGCAUGUUCUUUUUGAGGUUAACAUUUCUUAGCAUUAAAAAUUUACAUUAUUUCAGACUAUGGCAUUACAAAUACUGAUGCAACUGUUCAAUGUAAUUAGGGACCAGGCAAAAACACUUCCUCCUGCGAGAUUAACAACUGAAGCAAAUGCACGUUGUUUUCAUAAUCCGUGCACACUGAUGCGUUCUUAAUAUCCAAAUUCUUAUCACACUGUAGUACUUCCGCGCCCGCCCAAAUCUACAGGUCGAUCACUCAACCGCCUGACAUCGAACUGCCAUAAAAACCGCUUCCUGUUGAGCCUCCAGCAUAUGUACUUCGCGGUCACGUGCCCCACGGCCAAGAUGGCGAAAGGCUUGUAUUUAAACUACAACUCCCAAGAUAUUCUGAGUAGCCAAUGGCAGAAGAGCAAAGGGGUGAAAUCUGUGGCAAUGGUGGGAGCUCAGCAGAUAGAGAUGCAGGCAGCAGAAGUGCCCGCAGUGGCCCCAGCAGGUGGAGGUCCUGGUGGUGGCAGUGGCGAUCAUCAAUAUGAAUGCUUAGAAUGUGGCAAGGUGUUCAAAUGGUCAUCACGACUCAUCCAUCACCAGAGGACUCACACAGGCGAGCGGCCUUACAAGUGCUCAGAAUGUCCAAAAGCUUUCAAAGGGUCAUCGGCCUUGCUGUAUCACCAGCGUGGACACACGGGUGAGCGACCAUAUAAGUGUGGUGAAUGUGGCAAGGCCUUUAAACGGUCGUCCUUGCUUCAGAUCCAUCAGAGUGUACAUACUGGUCUGCGUGCUUUUAAAUGUGCUCAUUGUGGCCAAGCCUUUAAAUGGUCUUCCCAUUACCAGUAUCACCUGCGCCAACAUACUGGAGAACGCCCCUAUCCCUGUCCAGCAUGUGAUAAGGCCUUUAAGAACUCUUCUAGCUUGAGACGGCACCGCCACACACAUACAGGUGAACGUCCUUAUGUCUGCCCUAUCUGCAGCAAGGCUUUCACUCAGUCCACAAACCUACGACAGCAUCAGCGAGUGCACACUGGUGAAAGACCCUAUCAAUGCCAGGACUGCAGUAAAGCUUUCACACACUCAUCUAACCUAGCACUGCAUUGUCGAUCAGCACACACUGCCCGUUCUGUUCACACCUGUGUUAUUUGUGGUAAAGCUUUUGCAUCUGACACCUAUUUGCAGCAGCACUUGGAGACUCAUGCUGAUGUUGCACCUCCAGCACAGCUCUUCUUGGAGGAGCCAACCACUACGGUAGAGAUGGUGUUUCGAUGUAGUAUCUGCCAUCUUACUUUUCCCUUGCAAGAGCAACUGUUAAGUCACCAGGAAACGCACUUGGCCCCAACAGAACCACUGCCUCUGCCAGAAAUGCCAUCACCAUCAGUGCAGGAGGAGAUGGCACCUGCAGUAUCUCCCACAUCCUCAGUAUCUUGCUCAGUGUGUGGUAAGACUUUCAAGAGUGCGGCAGGUUUAGCAAGACAUCAGCAGAGCCAACAUUCAUCAGAUCGCACAUACACCUGUGUGGUGUGUGAGCGUUCCUUCCCUGCACUGGCCAGCUUAUUGGGCCACCAGCGUUCACAUCCCCCAGCUGAGCAGAGGCUGGAGGAAGCUGAAGUGACCUGUCCAGCACAGGCUGAGCCAGUGCCUACAGCCACCGCAACACCACCUCCACCAUCUGAGCGACCGUAUGUGUGUGGAGAAUGUGGGAAGUCAUUCAAGGGCUCCUCAGGCCUGCGUUAUCACCUCCGUGAUCAUACAGGUGAGCGCCCUUAUGCUUGUAGUGAGUGCGGGAAGGCCUUCAAGCGCUCAUCACUGCUGCGUAUUCACCAGCGGGUGCAUACAGGGCUGCAUGCCUUCACCUGCCCCACCUGUGGGAUGGCAUUCAAAUGGGCCUCUCAUUACCAAUACCACUUACGCCAGCAUACUGGAGAGCGUCCAUAUGCCUGCCAGGAUUGUGGGAAAGCCUUUAAGAAUACCUCAUGCCUUCGUCGGCACCAGCAGCUGCAUACAGGGGAACGUCCCUUCGCUUGCCAGACUUGUGGCAAGGCUUUCACCCAGACUUCUAACCUCCGGCAGCAUCAGCGGGUGCACACUGGCGAGAGGCCCUAUUGCUGCCGGGACUGCGGCAAGGCAUUCACUCACUCAUCCAACUUGGCACUGCACCGACGUACCCAUUCUCGGGAACGUCCUUUUCAGUGCCCAGUUUGUUGUAAGGCUUUUGUCAUGGCAUCUUACCUACAGCGUCAUUUGCGUACCCAUAACAGCACUGAGGCAGCUAAUCACACAACUACUGCCUCAUCUUCUGCCACCCAGGAGGUACAAAUCGUGCCCAACAUGCAGGCAACUCUGAAUGUGGAGCUAAGUGGCAGCUCAUCCCCAGCUGUUUCUUCUAACAGUCAAACUUUCUUGCUAGUACAGACGGCUCAGGGCUUGCAGCUCAUUCCCAGUGUGCAGCAGCAGCAGCAGCAGCCACCUCUCCAAAGUUCACCCCCCAAACUCAUCCUUUUGCCCAGUCCACAGAUGGUAACAACUACACCUGCUGCUUCAACAACUUUUACUUUGGUGCCAAGUGCUUCCACUACUCCAAACAAACCUGUCCUACUCCGUCAAAGUAAGGGAAAGAGGCCUGUGUCAGUACAUCCCCCACCACCAGUAUCUAGCAACCAGAAUAUUAUUUUAAUGCCCAGUACCACUGGAGCCAAUAUGCAGCCUAUCCCUAAUGUACAAAUACAGAGGUCACCAGGAUUGCAGACCAAAGGACAGAAUGUUAUGGUGCUCCAGAGUUUGCCAGAACAACAAGUGGGCACAGUGCAGAUACAAUAUAUACCACCCAAUCCAUCAACAAGUACUAUCCAGAUUCAAACUCUGCCUCAGCAACUCCAAAACUUUUCCACUGCCCAGCAAAGUGGCACCCUACAAAUUCAGACCUUGCCUACUGCUCAGCAAACCGGCACAAUUCAGAUCCAGGCUGUUCCUAACUCUAUACAGACUGGUCUCGUACAGAUUCAAAGUCUGCCUCUACCCCAGAACACUGUUCAGAUCCAGAGUUUGUCUGCUGCCCAGUCAGCAAACACUGUGCAGAUCCAGGGUCUGUCCAGUUACCCACCAGCUGGCACAGUGCAGUUCCAAACACUUCAGCCCUCACAAAAGAUGAAUACUGUACAAUUUCAGGCUGUAACAUCCUCCCAGCAGGUGGGGACCUUGCAGCUCCAAAACCUCCAGUCUUCCCAACAAGUAAGCUCUCUUCAGAUCCAGACCUUGACAUCUUGUCAGCAGACCAACUCUCUUCAGAUUCAAAAUUUGCCUCAGUCAAAUCAGUCAGUGAACAGUGUUGAAAUCCAAGGUCUUGCUCCUUCCCAACAGUUGGAUAGUUCAAAUCAAAUCCAGGGGCUUAUGUCUUCCCAAGAAGGGCAGCAGCUUCAGCCUUCAGAAGAGAUGGCCAGUGUCCAACUUCAGACUCUGAGCUCAGCUCAGGAAAUGAAUGAGAUUGGAAAUGCUAUGUCUAGCUCACAUGAACUCUCUGAAGUGGACCUCCAUCAGGGAUCCAACAUAGAAGAAGAAAGCCAGAACCUGAUCGUUGUACAGAAUUCUCCAGGAGAGGAACUGCUAGGGCCUGGAGGUGAGGUUGAGAACCUUGAGGGUGUACAAGACAUGCAUUUUGAGACUCUGCAGACUGAAGAAGGGGUUCAAAAUGUAUUAGUGUUGAGAAGGGCAGGUGGAGAACAAACCCGUUUGUGUGUUCAGGAAGUAGAGAACAUCCAGACUGUGCAGGAACUGUCCGGCCUCCAGUUACAUAAUACCGAUGGUAGCUCAGGGACUGGGCAGAAUCUAUUGAUUAUCCGCAGUGCACAGGGAGAACAGACUCUCCAAGUAUUGGAGAGUGUACCGACUCUGCAGGUAAAUAGCCCAGAUAACACUCAAGCUGCUGUUGAAAGCAACAGCACUCCUCAAAUGGUGCAGGUUUUACAAAGUCCAGUUGCAUCCCAAGGACUGUCUUCCAUUCAGAUUGUGCAAACAGUACCAAACAUGCAACUUGUUCACACCUUCUAAAAAACAACUGCCUCACAUGCCUGAACUGGAGUAUAGUUCAGGAACAGUCUAAUUUCUACAAAGAAUAAGAAUGGGGUUAGAUUGGGUGAUUUGACCUGGACAACUUCAGAACAUAUUAUACUUGGGGUGGUCAACUCUCCAAGUUAGUUCUGCUUGGGUUCCUCAGGACAAACGUCCUCAACAAAUAGGUGGGUUCAACCCUUUGCCUGCUGGUCCAAAGCAUGUCCUUUGCUAUUCCUGAUCCCGUGUAGUCUGCCACUGCUGCUUCUAUCCCUGCAGCCACAAUAAUCUUUAUGCUAUGCCUCUCAGCAGCCAUAUACACUGCACACAAGAGAAAGCACCAACCCAGUCUUUUAUUCUUACCCAAAUCUAUAUAUUUAAAACAUUUUGUUCUGGCAAAAAAGAAAUGGAUGUGCAGCCUAAUCGUAAGAAUAUUGUUUAUGGUAGCCAGGACUUCUACCCAUUCUAUUAGACAGGAAUGUGAUUAAUGGGCAGCUGAUCUCUCCAUUUCCCUUCUGUGGACCAUUCUGCUGUGAAAUUGCAUAAUCUUUUUGUAAAAUAAGAAAUCGGGGACAUUCAGGCUUGCGACUGCUUGAUACUAUAGGAGACAAUUUUAUGAGCUAUUGUAGACUGCAUUAUACAGCUACAGUGGCUUAUAUGCCUAAUUUCUUCUGUUUCUGUUAUAGUCCUUUUAUCAUGUGCAGAAGUACAUUUCUUCCUGAAUGGACCUUAGUUCCUGGUGCUAACAAACACAAGAGAAUCAAAGAUCUUUGUGGGCUGGAAUGAAAAUAAAAGACUGCUUUGAUGCA